AUGGGGGUCAGAUGUAACCUCACCUCGUGUUCUAUAGCAACCAUCAUGCAGGAAGCAGAGCAGAGUGAUCUUCUGGGGAUGUUUCCACUCUUCUUUGAAGAGAAACAGCUUAACAGGACCAAUGAGACCCUACAGGACCUCCUGAGAGGUUUCAACUUUGAGAAAUCAGACAAAGUAGGAGACAGCUCUGCCAUCGUGAGGAUUAUGAUCUCCAUAGUGUACUCUGUGGUUUGUGCCCUGGGACUGGUGGGAAAUGUGCUGGUACUGUACCUCAUGAAGACCAAACAAGGCUGGAAAAAGUCCUCCAUCAACCUGUUUGUGACCAGCCUGGCAGUGACAGAUUUCCAGUUUGUGCUGACACUGCCUUUCUGGGCUGUAGAGAAUGCUUUGGAUUUUAGCUGGCUCUUUGGCAAAGCCAUGUGUAAAAUAGUGUCCUAUGUUACUGCCAUGAACAUGUAUGCUAGUGUCUUCUUUCUCACAGCCAUGAGUGUGGCCAGGUACUACUCGGUAGCUUCUGCCCUUAAGUCUAAACGAAGACCUAUAAGCUGCUCUGCCAAGUGGGUAAGUGUCCUUAUCUGGGUUUCUGCCAUUGUAGCAUCUUUGCCGCACGCUAUUUUCUCUACCACGGCCACUGUCUCCAGUGAGGUCCUCUGUUUGGUCAAGUUUCCAGUGAACAAUGGUAAUGCUCAGUUCUGGCUGGGACUCUAUCAUGCUCAGAAGGUUCUGCUGGGGUUUGUCAUCCCCUUAUUCAUCAUCACCAUUUGUUACCUUCUCUUGGUUCGUUUCAUCACUGAUAGAAACGUGAGCAGCUCAAGCACCAAGAGGAGGUCCAAAGUCACUAAAUCUGUGACUAUUGUUGUACUGUCCUUCUUCUUAUGUUGGCUUCCAAACCAAGCCUUGACAACCUGGGGGAUCCUUAUCAAACUGAAUGUCGUGCAAUUUAGCUAUGAGUACUUUACCACUCAGGCUUAUAUUUUCCCCAUCACUGUUUGCUUGGCUCACUCCAACAGUUGCCUAAAUCCCAUUCUGUAUUGCUUAAUGCGUAGAGAGUUCCGCAAAGCAUUGAAGAACCUCUUUUGGAGGAUGACCUCCCCUUCUCUGACUAACAUGCGACCAUUCACAGCCACCACCAAACCAGAGCAAGAUGAGCAGGGACAUGGCAUGGUCCCUCUCAAUCCUGUAGAGCCUGAUGUCAUCUGUUACCCUCCUGGAGCUGUCAUCUACAAUGGCAGGUAUGAUCUUCUGCCCAACAGUUCAACUGAACAACGAUACUGA